UAUUUUUUUGGUCUUCUUGUAUUUUAAUAAUUUAAGAUGUAAACUUUAUUGGUAAUUAACUAUCUACUGUCUUGCCUUAACAAUCAGUGAAUAUAAAUUAAUUUGUUUAAAAUGUGUUUCGAUUAUAGCGAGAUGUCAGUCAUAAUGGAUCAGUGAAUUUGUCAUCACAUUAAGGACUCAAAGUGUUCAUCAAUUCAUAAUUUUUGGAUUAAUUUAUUCUUACCUUUUUGUACAACUAAAAUGAAGGUCUCUAUACUUUAUGGAAGCUGGCCUUUUCAGUUCACCAAGCUUUUGUUAUUUGUGUCAAUUUUUGGAUUCAAUGUAAAUGGAGAGGUUUUUACAGCCUUAGUGGAUUUGGAAAAACUUCUUGAAAUUGAAAGACUAAUUGUAUCUUCAUUAGAUUAUUAUCUAAUUGGUGAAGAGCGACGUUUAAGACAAUUGCAAAAUAUACGAGAAAAAUUUGCUUCCAUAGAGUCAAUUGCUAGUCAAGAUGUCCACUCAUAUUUGGCCAACCCUGUUAAUGCAUUUCUUCUUGUCAAAACACUUACUUCGGAUUGGAAACAUGCUGAGGCAUUGAUCGAAAAGUCCUAUGAAAUUGGUAAACAAUCAGUCAGUCGAGUACAAAAUUCAAGCGGAGAAACGUUUCCUUCAACCGAAGAUUUCAAUGGAGCAGCUGAUGCGCUUUUGCGGCUUCAAGAUACUUAUAAAUUGGAUACAUCAAGCUUAGCUCGAGGUGAAAUUCGUAUUGCUCAGCAGCCAUCAUAUACUCAACAAUUUAAUAAUGAAAACUCGCCAGCUACUUUAGUAUCACCAAAGAAAAUGGAAUUGAGCGCCGGAGACUGCUUCGAACUUGGAAGAUAUUCUUAUGUAAAUGGUGACCAUUAUCAUACAAUCCUUUGGAUGCAAGAAGCUGCGGAUCGCUGGGAAGAUGAAGUGGUGAAAACAGCAGAUAAAGCAGAAAUUCUUGAAUAUCUUGCUUUCUCAACAUUUCGCCGAGGCAACGUUCGACACGCUUUGAAAUUAACAACAGAGCUUCUAAAAUUAGUUCCUAAUCAUCCUAGAGCUAUUGGAAAUAAGAUUUAUUACGAAGAGUCAUUGGGUAAAAACGGCAAAGCAAAAUUACGAGGAGAUGUUGGUGAUGAUGAUGUUCCCAUUGAUGAAAAUAUAUCAGCUGGUGAUUCUUCAACAUCCAUUGAAAGACAAUCAUAUGAAGCUCUUUGCCGUGGGGAAACUGUUCUACCGCCCAGAAUUGCCAAAACCUUAACUUGCUUUUAUUUGAAUACAACUAAUAAGCAUCCAUAUUUGCGUUUGAUGAGAGUCAAAGUUGAACAGGCUUACAACAAACCAGCCAUUUUGAUUUAUCAUGGCAUCAUGUCUGAUAAUGAAAUUGAAACAGUCAAACAGUUAGCUCUUCCACGAUUAAAGCGAGCAACUGUACAAAAUCACAAAACUGGACAGUUGGAAGCAGCAAAUUACCGAAUAAGCAAAAGUGCCUGGUUAAAAGGAUCAGAUCACGAAGUUGUUGAUAGAGUUAAUCAACGGAUUGAAGAUAUAACAGGACUAACAGUCGAUACCGCAGAGGAACUCCAAGUUGUCAACUACGGUAUUGGAGGCCAUUAUGAACCUCAUUUUGAUUUCGCUACUCAAAGAGAAAUGGACUAUCACAAAGCGGACCCAUUUGCAAGCCUUGGGACUGGAAACAGAAUAUCAACUUGGUUAAAUUAUAUGUCCAAUGUUGAAGCCGGAGGAGCAACUGUUUUCCCUCAACUCGAACUGGCUCUUUGGCCUGAAAAAGGAUCUGCAGCUUUUUGGUACAAUCUUCAUCCAAGCGGAGAUGGUGAUUUGUUAACACGACAUGCAGCUUGUCCCGUGUUAGUUGGAUCAAAAUGGGUGUCAAAUAAAUGGUUUCACGAACGCGGUCAAGAAUUUCGAAGACCUUGUGGAUUAAAACGCAACGACUAAGAGUUAUUAAAUAAUUCGCCAUAUUUAUAUAUUGAUAGCAAUACAAAAUAAAUUCUGUUUUUAAAUCAGCAAAA